UCUUCCCCUCAGGAAGCUACCGUCUCUGCCGCCUCCUCCUCCUACACCGCCUGCGCGGCGGCGGCAGCGGUUGUGUCUGCCUCCGCCACCUCCACCCCUGCCUGCCCGCCUGCGGGUGGCUGUGGCGACGGCGGCGGCUUUGGCGGCUCCACUAUGGCGGCGGCGGGGAGGGGGGGCAGUAGUUUUAAAGUAGACACCCGCCCUUGCCUCAGAGAAGAUGCCAUUUGGAAUGAACAGGAAAAGGUUGAACUUUUUACAGAAAACUUUUGUAAAGUAUGUGGAGUGGUGUUACAGUUUGAAUCACAAAGGAUUUCACAUUAUGAGGUGCAUAUGAGUGGAGUAGUGAACAGAAACAAUUUUUGUGAUCUCUGCAAUAAGAUUUUUAGUUCCCCAGCUGUUGCUCAGUCUCACUACGUGGGAGAAGUCCAUGCUAGAAAGCUGAAAGAAUUAAGGGAAGAAUAUGAUCAAAUAUCUCCAUCAGGAUUUCAGCCAGAUAAGUGCAUUUUCAAUCCCUCACUGCCAGGGCCAGGCUCAUUCCUGGGAAUCAUGUUCUGCGUCACCAAGGAGAAUCAUACCCCUGGGAGUCAUGUACCCCGUAGUGGAGCAUUUAGUAUGAGACCCUACAUUUGCCAUAUUUGUAGUAUCACCUUUACAUCUUUAGAAAUGUUCCAAUCCCAUAUGCAAGGAAAUGAACAUCAAAUUAAAGAAUCCCUUAAUAUUAAUCUAGUGAAAAAUUCAAAGAACAAACAAGACUCUUUCCAAGAUGAAAGUGAAGAUUACAUCAAAGUGAAGAAAGCCAGAGGAUUAGAACAAAAGACUUGUUACAGAAAUAUGGAAGAGAGCUCCUUGGAAACCCAUGGAUAUAGAGAAGUGGUCAAUUUUGGACCCAGACAAAGAAUGUUUGAGACUUUCCAGACUUACCCAGGACAAUACAGUACUUCACAAGCAGUGGAAUACCAGUUACCUCAUUGCUUACCUGCUCAUACAAAAAGGACAUAUGACUCUUUCCAAGAUGAACUGGAAGAUUACAUCAAAGUACAGAAAGCCAGAGGACUAGAGCCAAAGACUUGUUUCAGAAAGAUGGGAGAAAACUCUGUGGAAACCCAUGGGUGUAGAGAAGUUGUUGAUUCUGGACCUAGAAAUAGAAUGUUUGAGCAAAGAUUCAUGUCUGAGACUUCCCAUACCCACCAAGGACCAUAUAGUACUUCACCAGGGGAAAAACAGUUACCUCAUUGGUUACCAGUUCAUUCAAAGAGAACAUAUGACCCUUUUCAAGAUGAACUAGAAGAUUACAUCAAAGUGCAGAAAGCCAGAGGACUAGAGCCAAAGACUUGUUUCAGAAAGAUGGGAGAUAGCACUAUGGAAACCCAUGGGUACAGAGAAAUGGUUGAUUUCAGGCCCAGAUAUAGAAUGUUUGAGCAAAGACUCCCAUUCGAGACUUUCCAGACCUACCCAGGACCAUACAAUAUUUCACAAGCAGUGGAAAACCAGUUACCUCAUUUCUUACCAGCUCAUGACAGCAAACAGAAGCUAGACUCUAUGCACUACUGUCAACUCACCAGAGACUAUUUCUCAGAAAAACCAGUACCCCUGAGCCUUAGUCAGCAAGAAAAUAAUUCUGAUCUAUACGGUGUAGAAGCUGAAGUUUAUAAGCACCUCUCCUCCAAAAACAAUACCAGUGAUCAUCAAGCAGGUCAUAAACGGAGACAUCAGAAGAGAAGGAGACAUCUGGAGGAGGGUGAAGAAAAGCCAGAAAAGGAGCAGUCCAAGCAUAAAAGGAAAAAGAGUUAUGAGGAUAUGGAUUUAGACAAAGACAGAAGCAUCCAACAAAGGAAAAGAGAGGUGGAUAAAGUCAGGUUUGGUUCAGGAAAGCUUAAGCAUCGGAAGAAGAAAAAAAGCCGGGAUGUAGCCUCUGAGAAAGAAGAACGUAAGCACAGAAAAGAGAAAAAGAAACCAGUUGAAGAAAAGACAGAAGAGGAAAUGCUUUGGGAUGAAUCUAUUCUUGGAGUUUGAACUUUUUAGUUUUGUUUACCCUAAGGAUGAAUUGAAGAAAUCAGUUAAUUUUUAAGGAUAUGGAUUUAGACAAAGAUGAGCAUAUGACAAAGAAAAGAAGUGAUACAAUCAAUAUCACUUAGGAAAAUGUAAGCAUUAAAAGAAGAAAUAAAAAGUCUAAACCUAGCCUCUGAAAAAGAAGAGCAUAGACACAGAAAUGAGAGAAUAAAACCUGCUGAUGAAAAGAUGGAAGAGUCAAUGCUUUGGGAUGAAACUAUUCUUCAAUUUUGAACUGUUUAGCUCUGUUCCUCCAGGAUUGAAUUGAAGAAAUAGGUUAUUAGUUUGGUUUCAGGAAAUUCAUGUUAUUUGAAUUUUCCCAGGUGGACAGAUACUUUAACUUCUAACAAAAAUGAAGUGAAGUGAAAAUAUUCAUUAUGCUUUUUCACCAACUUGGAAAUUACUUUUUCUCAUUUUCUAAAAAAAGAAAAAAAGAAAAAUCACAUGUUUCUUACAUAUAAUGUAAUUUCCCUUAAUAAGAGUGUCUCUACCUCUAUUCAUCAAAUUGGUGUGAUAGUGAAUUAUUUACUGUUGGGAGAUCAUUUAUUUUAAAUGGGAGAAUUCCCAGGCAUCGCACACUUCAUUCCUUGUUUGGAUUUGUUUUGGUGUUGGUGUUUUAUUGUUUGUUGUUGUGUGUUUGUUUAUGUUUCUUGGUUUUGUCCAAAGAAAAUGUAUGGAGCAAUUUAGACUGAUUUUUUUCUUUGUUAAAUAUAAUUUUCAGUGUAUUUUUGUAUUUUCUAGUUCUGAAAGUGAAAAUGAAACAACUUACAAUAAGUUUAGAUAUAUAGUUUUUAAAAGCUUUCAAAAGUACUGAUAAAAUCAGUCUAUAUUCUGAAUUGUUCAUAUUAAAGUAUUUUAAUUUCUA